UCUGAUUCACAGCAGUGCAUGUUGAUUUCAUACAAGAUGUUUCAUACCGUCGAGUAUAAGAGGUUAUCGUGGUUCACUCUAACACCUAUGCCAAUUUCUAUUUCAGCCUCUGAUGACAUGCCUUUACCAUGGCGUGUGCGCCUAUCAUAUGCAGUCGGACAUGUGCUCAACGAUCUUUGUGCGUCCGUGUGGUUCACAUAUACUCUAGUCUUCUUUAAAUUUGGCGUGGGUUUUCCCACCACUCUGGCGGGAUCUGUGGUUUUGAUUGGCCAGGUCGCGGAUGGCCUGGCAACACCGGUGGUCGGUUUACUGUCUGAUCGAGGUUUCGUUCAUAACCCUGGAGAAGGGGCCCACUACGAGCCGAUUAUCUCAACCACUGACAAUCCACACUCCUCUUUGCGUUCUUUUCUACGAUUUUGUCCAACUGGUCGAAAGGCAUGGCAUUUCUGGGGCAGUCUGCUCGUAAUAUUGGCCUUUCCUCUUAUUUUUGGUUCGCCUGUUGGGACUUCAGACUCUAGUAACACAUUGAAAAUGAUUUACUAUGCACCUAUGGUUAUCCUGUUUCAAAUUGGUUGGGCGGCUGUUCAAAUCACUCAUUUGGCCUUGAUGAAUGAUCUUACCUGGGAUCCCAGUGAACGCACUCUUCUCACUUCCCUACGGCACCUCUUCACAGUUUUGAGCAAUUUGACUGUUUACCUGUGCACAUAUUUCCUUUUGAACCACACCGAACCUUCACCGGUCCCAAAGAAUUUCACACAUAUCACUCCUGGACUGGAAGAAGCAAGGCGCAUAAAGCUCACGCAGCUGUAUCCAUACUGCCUGUCACACAGCAUUUCCCAAUCACUCCUAAAUUGCACAAGUUCGGAUGAUCCUUCGAAAGACAUCGAUUUUGGCAAAGAUGAUCUAUCAGCCUUCCGGAACCUAUCACUAGCCAUACUCGGAGCGGGUGGAUUGAUGACAGUGUUGUUUCAUCUUGGCGUGCGUCAGUCAGAUGGUGUGCAGCAGGCGGCUUUGGAGCAACCGAUCCCCACUGAAAGGACUCGUCUGUCACCCUCCGAAUCAGAAGCAUCGUCGGCCGAAACCACCCCUCAUCCCGAAAUUUAUUCUUGGAAGGGAUGGCUGAAGUUGCCUUUGUUUUGGAUACAGGGGUUUGUCUACAUGACUGUGCGCCUGAUUGUCAAUGUUUCUCAGGCUUAUAUCACGGUAUACUUGCUACAUUCGUUGCUUCUUCCAAAAGAAACCAUGGCUUUGGUUCCACUUACCAUGUACCUGGCUAGCAUAGCCACCUUACUUGUGCAAAAGCCAAUUCAAGAUCGAAUCAGCCGCGAACUAAAUAUCACGCUCGGUUUCCUGUUUGUUGCAUCUUUCUGCAUUACGGUCAAUUAUCCCGGAAAUCCUGUUCAGUUAUGGCGUGUUUACUUGGCUGCUGGCCUACUGGGUGUGGGUUGUACUGUUAUUCUGAUCACGUCACUGGCUAUGGUAUCGGACCUGAUCGGGCGAAAUCAUGACAACGGAGCGUUUGUCUACGGUUACAUGUCUUUCACAGACAAGCUCGCCAACGGAAUUGUUAUUCAAUUGAUCGAAGUCCUCUGGAAUCAAUUCCCCUGCUCAAGGUACUAUCAGAAUGUUGAAUCUUACGGAAUCGGAGGUUGGGUCGUUGCGGGCUGGUUAUUAUUGAUGGUUCAGACCGCGGUCAAAUACCGCACCUCCAACCGUUCUCAUAUCAUUCUCGCACCCUGAUUGUUGUUCGAAUUGUUUUAUGGCUUUUUGGAUCCAUUUUUUUAUUCUCCCGUAUACAUCCAUAUUUGAGUUGGAUCGGUAUAUGCUUUACUGGUUUUUGGAUUUCACUGGUAAGCGCCGCCUAUUCUCUAUUUUCGGAAUCAGGUUUGACUGAACUACUUUCUUCGUACCGUUUCUGGGCCGCUGUCCAGUUUCGUUUUUUGAUCACUUUAUUUCUGUACUGGCUUUUCCUUACCAACUGGACAUCCUAUUUUUUGUUUUACUGUUAACAAACCAAUCAACUUAUUCC